AUGGCCGAUCAACAACCACCACACGAAGGACACGAAGGACACGAUGAUCCAAUGGGGGAUUUCGACAGGACGGUGAUAGUGCAUCUCGACCACUUCUUUGCGAAUGCAGAUGAGAACGGGCAAGGGCAAGGGCGUGGGCAUACGCAUACGCACACGCACGAAAGGCACAGCGACGACGGCAGCAACCAGGAGAACGGUGACGGGGUUGAUGAACGUAGCGAACGCAACCCAGAAGGUGUGGGAGGAGUGCACACCACACACCACACACCACUAACAGACAUACCAGAACGCAGAGACAGCCCGUUCCCGCGCCCGCUUAUACCUGUCCAGAUACUUUUAUCGUCAUUCAUGGCAGCGCUGCGAGCGCGCAAUGGCGGUGGUGGUGGCGUGGCUGGUGUGGAUGGCGCGAACGGCGGUGCUGGUGCGAAUGCGAAUGCAAAUACUAACGGUAAUGCGAACGGGGGUCCACCUGAAUUGACGGGAAUGGGUUUCCGUAUCGAACGCAGUCCGCUGCCUGCAGAACACCCACUGCGCCAGCACCUCAGCCAUUUGCGGGGGCAGGAGGGGCAUGGUAGUGAUACAGCGCACUCUCCACACCCAAAUUACACUCAAACUCAAAAUGGCGGCGGUGAGAUGGGCGAGCGCAGCAGCCUCCUCGAACGCAUCGAGGAGCUGCAUAGCAGGAACCCCUACGGCGAAAAUGCUUCCCGCCUCCCGCCACCGUUUACUAUUACUAUCAAUUUCCCUAUCGCGGGCGGACUGCAUAGCGAGAAGAAGGCUGAUCCCGCUCGCGCUGAAACCAUCCUUGGCGCUCUGCCGAAGCUGCAUAAGGGCGUGACGAGACGUAUGAGCAGAGUCGGCGUCGAGACUACGUGUGGCGUCUGUCUCGAUAGCCUCAAUGCCAAAGCUCCACUACAGAAGGCGGAGAAUAGUGCGGGUGCAGAGGGUGGCGAGAAUAGGGAGAAUAGGGAGAGCGGCACGAGUGAAACAAAUACUACUUGCAGCACUCCCUCUCCAGAAGAUGAAGCAAAACGCGAAGAAGAAAUCGUCGCUCUGCCAUGCUCGCACGUGUUCCACUCUAACUGCUUAAGACCGUGGUUCGCACUGCACACGCUCUGUCCGAUGUGUCGCUUCGAUCUCGAUCCCGAGUCAAUGACCAUGUCGACGCCGCCGCCAGAAGAGAGAGGAAGGGAGGGCGAGGACAACCCUUUUGUCAGCAUCAUCGAACGUCUCGUGAGAGGUAAUAGAGAACGGGCACCGGCACCAGAAGAAACCAACAACGGCGGCCGAGCUGAAAGUGCAGCUGCGUCAGGCAGGAGCAGUCGUCAUCACCCCUAUGCUCGCGUGAGGUCGGCCGGUGAAGGCGGCAGUCGCGAUAGCCGCCCCGCUCGCAACACUCGCUCGGCAACUGCUGCUGCUGCGACGGCCGCUUCGCUCGAUGAAACACACACACAAACACAAACACACUCACAUUCACACACUCAGCGUCCACCACCACCCCCAAAGAAGUUUGAAAUACCAAAGGCUGGACGCUCGCUCGAGGAUAUUCUAAUUAAGCGUGAGAGAGAGAAUGGACUGCGGUGCGAUAUGAAGGAGUGCAAACUGGGCCCGACGGAUGAGUCAGAAAGGCUCGAAACGGCAGAUAUGCUGUCUAUAGGUGGAGCAGAGAAACCAGUCUGCUCACACUUCCUUCACUCUCAUUGCUAUCACCUCGCCAAUGGGAACUGUAGAUAUUAUAACCCGGCGCACACACAUCAAGACGGCUGCGUAUUGUCGAGAUGUCCUAUAUGUAAGACAAUUGGGAGUGUGGAGAAGCAUGAGCUGGUACAUUAA